UCAUCGUUAAGGCUAGUAACGGACCACGAUAUGUCGUCGGCUGUCGGCGUAGUUUACAAAGCAGUAAGUUAAAGCCAGGCACAAGAGUUGCAUUGGAUAUGACAACAUUGACCAUUAUGCGCCAAUUGCCGCGUGAGGUGGACCCACUCGUUCACAACAUGUCUUCAGAAGAUCCCGGUUCUGUAUCAUAUGGGUCUGUUGGAGGAUUAGCAGAUCAAAUUAGAGAACUCAGAGAAGUUAUUGAACUACCUCUUUUGAAUCCAGAGCUAUUCCAAAGAGUUGGUAUAACGCCUCCAAAAGGUUGUCUCCUUUACGGUCCACCAGGGACAGGAAAAACUCUUUUGGCACGUGCUGUAGCCUCACAACUUGAAGUUAAUUUUCUAAAGUCGAAAUUACAAACUCCUAAGGAACUAAUCACCUGCAUUCCAUCUAUGUUUAAUAAUAAUACUCCACGCACUAAUACAUGA